AUGCGAUUUAUCAUCGUAGUCAGCUUAUUAUUCGUUGUCGCUUCUCAAGCGAAUGGACAAGGUACUGAAUUGUUAGCAGGUGUUUUCCAAAAUCUUCUUGGUUCGGUUAUGACACAAUGGGGUAAUAUGUCCUCAGAAGAACAAGCUUCACUCUGGGAUAAAUUUAAUCAACCAGGAGGUUUAAAUCAUAUUUGGAAUGCUCUUGAUUCUCACUGUAAUAAUCAUUGGGAUUGUGGACCAGAAGCAUGUUGUCUUCAACCAACUGUUCAAGGAAAACGUGGUUUUACUGAUGGACUUAAUUUACAUAUGUCAAGUUAUUGUUCACCAUUAAAAAAACUUAGUCAAACAUGUUCACUCCAUCAUAGUGGAGAAACCAAAUCAACAUUUAGUUGUCCAUGUGAAAAAGACUGGAAAUGUACUUCAGGUGGUUCAUUUAAUUUUCAUCCCAUGAUCACCAUCCAUAAAAAUUCAGUUUGCAAAUAA